GCAUUCUCUCCAUUUGAACCGAAAUCUUUUUUUAGAGAAACCACGGGAGAAGAGAAUGGCGAUUUUGGAGCUAGGAGGAGAUUGAAGAUUACGUGCGGACUUGAAGCUAUGAACUCUUCAUUAAGGUUGGAAGAGAUUGAUGAAGGACCCCAGAAUGUUUCUCAGGAGGCAGGGCAAAAUAACUCAAGUGGAGUAUCAGAACUUAGCACUUAUCAAGGCAGUAAUUUUGCUAGGAUUUCUUUAAUCAUUGGGAAGUCGGAGCUUGAACAAAUGUUAAAACAGAUGACCUUUACAAGGUCUGAAACCCUGUACUUGAUAGCAUUGUUGCAUUCAAGAACCAUUGAGGAGUCACCUUCUGAUAACUUCCUUGCGGCUAUUGCAAUUCCAAGAAUUGCUUCACCUACUGAGCUUGCUGAUGCCAACAAAGCAUUGAGACAAGAUUCAAAGUUUAUUAACAAAAAUGCAACAAUGAUGGCUUCACCACAACAACCAACAACUAUUGAGAACCUCCCAAACGAGCUUUUGGUAAAUAUAUUCAUUCGCUUACUUGCCAAACAGCUUGCUCAAAUGAGAUCGGUCUCUAAAUCUUGGAAUUCCCUAUUAUCUAAAUCCUCCUUUGUAAAAACCCAACUCCAUCAUUCCAUCUUUAACAAAGAUAAAACUCUCUUUCACUUCUCUGAUGACCAUUAUUAUGGGUUCAAACUCACGGUCAACCCCAAUCCCCAACUCAUUAGUUUCAUCAAACUUCCACCUAACCCCGAAUCUCCACAUACAAGCAUCCAAGUUAUUGAUUCUGUCGAUGGCUUAAUAUGCUCUUCUUACAGUGAUACAGCCAUUCAGAUUUGGAACCCUUCUCUCUCCACUUUGUUAGAUCUUCCGCCAUAUUCUAUGCCCUCUGAUGAAUAUGAUUCAAUCAAAAUCUUUUUCCGGUUUGGGUUUGACCCAAAAACCGAUGAUUACAAAGUUGUGAAGCUUACAGCCUUUGCUGACGGAUCCAGCGUUAUAUGGUGGAUGGAUGUUGAGAUUUAUAGCAUGAAAAAGGGUUCCUGGAAGUUCAUUACUGAAAGGGUUCCAUCACACAUCACAUGGAUUGACGAGAAUGAAGUCGUUUGUGUGGAUGGACAUGAUGGACAUCUUCAUUGGCUUGGUCAUUUUGGUGAGGAGAAGGUUUCAAAAAUGAUAUUGGUGUUUGAUUUGGGUUCAGAGACAUUCCAUGAGAUACCUUUUCCAGAUUCUAUAGUAGCUUUUAAAUGUGGCCGAUUGGAUGCUUUAGGAGUUUUGGGGGGAAAGCUUUGUGUGAUGUCACGGGAUGAGGAUGAGGAUGUUGGAUGUGUGGUGUGGGUUAUGAAGGAGUAUGGGGUGGCUGAAUCAUGGGUCAAACACCAUGUUUUUUCACAGUUUAUUGGUGAUACGUAUCCAUUUGGAUUCACAUCAGCCAACAAGUUUCUUAUUCAAGAUCAGUAUUAUCGUCUUGUUUUGUAUGAUCCAGUUACAGAAGAGGCUCAAAUUUUGAAGAAUGAUUUUUCAUUUCCAGAAUAUGAAGCAGGUAAAAUCGUGGAGUAUGUUGAUAGUCUUGUUUGGGUAGCCCCUGUUAAGUGUGAGAUAGUGGAUGGUGGAGGACAAAAUUGGAAUUGAGAGAUGUCAGGUAUGAUACUAUCCAUGUUUCUGAAUUAGGUUUAUGUCAAGUAUCAAUUUUUAGUACAUUACACUUACUUUCUCUGGUGCCCUUAUGUUUCCAUUUGAUUUUCUUGAUGCAAACAAGUUCUGCUUUGUUUAACAUUUGUAUAUGCUGGUUCAAAUUCAACAUAUGUGUAGUCUUAUUGCUUCUUAUACAAGGAGUCUUCUACUAAGAAA